GGACUGCCUGAGAAUGUCUGCAUACCCAGGUGCCAUUAAAAGCUCAGGAGCUGGGGCUGAACACCCAAACCAGUUUUUAAAUUUGUGGGGUAGAUUGGCACCACCCAUUGUGAACCCAGAAGGCUGGAAUUGGGGAAACGAGGAACUCAGCGGCUCUUGGUGCAGACACCUUGGAACUGGGAGAGGUCUAGGGAGAAGUUCCCGCCGCCCUUGGAUGCUGAGUGGAACGGGAUAACCUAAGAGGCCGCCUCCAGACCUCAAGAAGGAAGAAACACGCUGGAAGAAGUCUCCUUCCACUUCCUGAAAGCCAAGUGAAAUUGUUGAGGAGCCCACUCUUCUGAGCAUGAUGUCCUAUAUCAAGCAGCCACAUUACGCGGUCAAUGGGUUAACAUUGGCUGGGCCAGGCAUGGAUCUUCUGCAUUCAGCGGUUGGAUACCCCACUACCCCUCGGAAGCAAAGGCGUGAACGUACCACCUUCACCCGGGCACAGCUGGACAUCUUGGAGGCCCUCUUCGCCAAGACACGCUACCCCGACAUCUUCAUGCGCGAAGAGGUGGCGCUGAAAAUCAACCUGCCUGAAUCCAGAGUGCAGGUGUGGUUCAAGAACCGCCGGGCCAAAUGCCGCCAGCAGCAACAGCAGAGCACCGGCCAGGCCAAAGCACGUCCGGCUAAGAAAAAAACCUCCCCUGCCCGAGAGACCAGCUCCGAAACCAGCACCAAUGGGCAGUACAGCCCCCCGCCGACUGGCGCAUCGGCGACACCCAGCUCGAGCGCCAGUGCCACCGUCUCCAUCUGGAGCCCAGCCUCCAUCUCCCCAAUCCCAGACCCCCUGUCUGCCUCCACCACACCCUGCAUGCAAAGAUCCACCGCCUACCCCAUGACCUACACCCAAGCUCCUGGUUACACCCAGACCUACGCCGGAUCCACCUCCUACUUCAGCGGCCUCGACUGCAGCUCCUACCUGUCCCCUAUGCAUCCGCAGCUGUCUGCCCCUGGAGCUGCUCUGAGCCCCAUCGCAACCCCAACCAUGGGUAGCCAUCUGAGCCAGUCACCGGCCUCCCUCUCCAGCCAGGGUUACGGCACAGCAGGGCUGGGUUACGGCUCCGUGGAUUGCCUAGACUACAAGGACCAGGCAACCUCCUGGAAGCUCAACUUCAACGCCACCGACUGCUUGGAUUACAAAGAUCAGAGCUCGUGGAAAUUCCAGGUCUUGUGAAAGGUGGUCUGUUCCACUUGCUCCCCUUCUUAGAAGUUCCUCCUUCUGUUGCGUAGCCUAUCAGGGCAACUUCCUACAUCCACCACUUGGAGUGAGACCCACCCAGCUUACUUCUCCUUCCCUUUUGAUUUUCCAGACUCUUAUGAAAGGCAGAGAAGUCUUUGUGCUCUCCCUAGCAGCACCAAGGGUUUUUUCCCUUGACUGUUCAGUCCAGAUUCUGGCAUCUUUUGCUUUUCUCCGAUGUUUUCGGAAACCCUCAUCCGAUAACGGGUGGAUUCGUGCAGACGUUAGGAACUCAUGAUUAACUGUAGCUUCAGCUGCUCAGGCAUGUAACUCCUUCAGAUACUUGGCCUGAACUCAGUGGCUGAUAACUGGUCACAGCUUUCCACCUACUGGGCUGAAGUUCAAAAUCCUGCUCUGAGCCCCAGGAUGUGUUUUACUAAAGCGUCAUCAAAGGCGGCCGGUUUGGAGGUUGGAAUUUUCACCCAGCACAUUCUCGAGAAUAGCAAAUUCUAUGGCAGAUGAAGGUGUUGAGAGACGGUUGUCUCUGGAGUCCCGUUGUUUUCUCUCCCUCCUGGGCUUGCAGAGAUAGCAGUUAAUGUUGUCUUGUCAUCGCUGUGAAAGGCAAUGCCAAGGAAGAAGUGAAUUGGAGGUGGUCCCUUUUUAAAUUUCCACUUCAGGCAUCACAGCACGGUCUGACAGUGGGCGUAUUAUUUUCAAACCCACAACGGCUGGGCAUUAUUUUUUUUAAAAAAACUAUGGGCAGAUAGGAAGGGGUGCACAAACUGAUUAGCAGUUUGCAUGGGUGAAAAAAACCAAGUACACCACCUGUAUUUCACAGGUCACCUCGCCAUCUGACAUUGUGAAAGUAGCAGACAAUAAUCUUUAUCACUGUUCUGUGAAAAAGUGUAUGCAAAUUAAGUUAUUGUUUAAAGGCACAGGAGAAAACCAGGCUGAGAAUUUCCCCCUGGUCAGUUGGCAACCGUAUCAGAUCCAACAUCUCUCAUCGCCAACACACAGAUUAUUUAUGUAAAUAAAACCUCAUUUGGAGGUUUAGAAUUUGUUCUUCUGUUUUGGAUUCAUGCAGAGAUGAAUAUGGAAUCUAUUUUUUGUUUUUUACUGGUUAUGUCUGGAUAAAGUUUAUUGGGGGGAAAUGGGGAAGGGGUGAGAUCUAACUAUUUCUAGUUAAAGUGUCAUUUGAAUCAGGACUUUUAUCAGAACAGAAAAAGUUUGAUAAAUAUUUGUAAAGAAUAUGAUUACUUUCCCCCCGAUGCAUUGCAGAACUCGGCAUUUAAAUUUUAAAAAAGGUUCCCUUUUGUAAACACUAUUAGAAAUGAUUUAGUUCUAGUUUUCCUACUUGUUAAAAAAAAAAUGAAACGAGAAAGAAAACAUUCCUUUUGCUGUAGAUGAGGAACACUUGCACGCAAGUUAUUUUUUUGACAGCUCUCUCUAUUUAUUAUUGUCUUAGUCCGUGAUGAACAAUUUACUGUACAGUUCCAAAACUUGUUGGUGGUUUUAAAAAAAAAAAGAGGAAAAAUAUUAAAAUGUA